AUGAGAAACCCGCUCGUUUUUACUCUUCUUCUUCUUCUCCACUUUACAACAGGUAAUUCCAUUGAAAUAUUGUCGAUUCGCAUUUAUUGUUCAGUGUGUGCCUUCUCGGUCCUCGGGGACCACUAUCAAUACCGUGUGCACUACCUGACACCCAUACAAUAUUCGAGAUCUGACGACAACUUUGACGACGAGCCGCUGACGAAUUGUUGUACGGAAACGGCGAAACUUGAUGUGCAUUCGUACGGGCGCGACUUCAAAUUGAGACUGCAGCGGGCGUGCCAGACGGCGAAAGACGAGGAAUCGACUGGAAAUGCACAGUUUACGGACGGAGGAGCCGGGUGGCAGGGACAGUUGGAAGGUGAGUGGACUUUGAGGGACCGUAACAGAGUUAGCCACUUUCCUAAUGUUUCGUAAAGUUAUUGGGUGCAAUCUAGAGACCUAGUAGAGCAUUUUGUCAGUUGAUCACUUUUUUCUACCACUUUUCCUAAGCCUACUGUAGCGCUUGGAAGUUUGCUUACCAUUUAAGGGUCUCAUAACUUCCAUGAGCUACAGUAGGCUUAGAAAACGUUGUACAAGAAAGUGGUCAACUGGUAAAACAAAGUACUAGGUGUGUAGAUUGUGCUCAAACGUUUUUGGCACGAUUUGACGCACUCUAACUGUUAACCUUAUUCAAAGUUACUUCAACCUGGGUACUUCCAAUUUAAUUCGAGUAUAUCAUGUGUUUGUGACAGUAAACUAGGAUUCAAUUCAACUUUUUACUAGUUUAGCACGUUGAUUUACGGUUUCAGUAAACCUAUAACUUUACACUUUUGCAUGUUCAGUAUUCCUUUCAGUUGGACAAUAUUAAUAACUUUACGAAAUCGAGAGCAAUUUCAGUACAAUCACCAGCGAAUCAGUAUGGAAAUUUUGUAUCUUACUAAUACAGAAAAGACAAAUUUAACUCGAUCGCCAUAAAAGAUGUGAAAAAGGUGUCAACUGAUAAAAUGUGCACAAUUUACUGAUGAACAUUUUAGCAGUUGACAACUUUUCGAUAUCUCUACCGGCAGCAGAGUUACACACCGUAUUCCAGACGAGCCCACGUCUACAAUAGCGGGAGAGUUCAAAAACGGACUGUUCGUCGGAAUCAUAAUGACCGGGGAGCACAAAUUCAUUAUUGAGACCAAGACUCCGUAAGACAAGUCUAAGACUGUUUUUCGAUUAGUAAAGUGGGUUUUUUAGGCCCGACGAGAAGCCGUACUCUCUUUUGUUCCGAGUCCCACCCAGACGGACCGUCGAAGUGCACGUCUUCAGAAAAAGCGAAGAGGGCAGUGGCACUGAGGAUGUAGGCCUCGCAAGUGGAUCCGAGAUGGAGUGA